AUGGGGGUAGCAGCCCGUCCGAAGGCCGCUCCUCGGGGAUUCGUAACAACUUCUGGCACAAAGUUCGAAUUGGAUGGCAAGGAUUUCUACUUUGCUGGUAGCAAUGCGUAUUAUUUCCCAUUCAAUAAUAAUCAAAAAGAUGUCGAACUUGGCCUCGCAGCUGCCAAGGAUGCCGGGUUGAAGGUAUUCCGCACAUGGGGUUUCAACGACAAGAACCGCACACACGUCGAUGGGGGCCUUCCAGACUACGGUGGGGAGGGAGCCGGAGACACAGACAUUGUAUUCCAGUGGUGGGAGAAUGGCAAGUCCACCAUUAACCUCGAUCCCUUCGACAAGGUGGUCAAUGCUGCGAAGAAAACCGGCAUCAAACUGAUCGUCGCUCUCACCAACAAUUGGGCUGACUAUGGAGGCAUGGAUGUCUAUACGGUCAACCUCGGUGGCCGAUACCACGAUGAUUUUUACCGUCUGCCCCAGAUCAAGGCUGCGUACAAGAGAUACGUCAAGGAGAUUGUGACCCGCUACAAGGAUUCAAACGUGAUCAUGGCGUGGGAAUUGGCCAACGAGCCUCGCUGCGGCGCCGACGGGGUACGCAACCUGCCGCCCAGUGAUGACUGCAGUCCGGAGCUCCUGACGGAAUGGAUCGACGAGAUGAGCACGUACAUCAAGAAGCUGGACCCGCAUCACCUAGUCACCUGGGGUGGAGAAGGGGGCUUCAACCGUGACUCGGACGACUGGGCCUACAACGGUUCCGACGGAGGAGAUUUCGACACCGAAUUGGGCCUCAGAAAUAUCGAUUUCGGCACGUUCCACUCCUAUCCCGACUGGUGGACUAAGACGGUGGCGUGGACCGACGAGUGGAUCCGGGAUCAUGCGCAGUCGAUGCGCAAGGCGAACAAGCCGGUUGUUCACGAAGAAUACGGUAUGCCUGCCUGUAUAAUGCGGUCAUUUCCGAGGCUGACUCGAUCGGAAAUAAACAGGAUGGCUUACGCCGGAAGCACGCAUGGCAAAUCUGGGAACCGUUUCGAACAUCACUCGUCUCGAGGCUGUCGGAGGAUGGCAGCGCAUAAGCGUCGAAGAGAACAUGCCCGACAUGUUCUGGCAGUACGGAUACUCUGGCUACUCAUAUGGACGUAA